AUGAGGAACUCUCAGUCUCUACACCUGUCGCUCGUUCCCUUUUUGUUUUCUUUACUUUCACUCCUCCUCUGCCCUGCAAGUGCCAGUUCAGGGUCUGACUAUGACUACGGAGCCCACCCACGCUUUGUUUGCACCCCUAUUCCUGUGGAUGCAGACCCUGCCUGCUUCCCUGCAACAGGUCCACGCAUAGGAGCAACAGGGCCCAACGGACCAGGCCAUCAAAGUGCACCUCCUGCUGGUUGGUGGGGGGCGAGCGAUGAAGCCAAAGCCACCAUCCUCCACCUCAGGGAGAGCCUUGUCCAGCAGAAAGAGACCAUCCUGGACCUGAGGGAGACCAUUAGAGAGCUGACGGCCAAGCUCACGCUGUGCGAGGGCCUCGGGCGGGGGGGGACUCCUCACGACGAGCACCACGGCACAGCCUCGCACUCCCAUCACGCAGGGGUGGACAGCCACCACACAUACUCUGACAACGGACACUAUAGCAACCACCAUGGAAACAGCAACCUCAUGCCGGACUCGCCGCACUACCCCUCUGUGGGGGGGCAUCUAUCUGAUGGAGGGCACAGCAGCAACAACCAGGGGAAAGAUAAACAUGUGACACCAGGGGACAUCACAUCAUCACCAGAGCAGAUGGAGAGGAUGCUGCAGGCGCUGAAGGAGAGGCUGGACAACCUGCAGAAGAGGAACACAUCCAUCGCCUACUCCAGCUCUUUGAAGGAGCUGCUUCAGAGGAAGAUCAGCGCUCUGGAGGAGCAGCUGCACCAUCGCACCGCCGCCCUCAGCGGCCAGGACCACCACGACAAUGACAGCAGCCACAGAGACGACGGAGACCAUCAUGAUAAUGAUGGUCACCACAACAACGGACAACUAAAUGACCACAAAAACAACCACAACGAUGGCGGUCACAGCGUCAGUGAGAACCACGGCGACCAUCACGAUGACAGCCACAGUGAUGACCAUCAUGAUGCAGACGCAGACCAUGACAACCACGAUGACGGCCACCACGAUGGUGAUGAUGAUGAUAAUGACCACCACAGCAAUGAAGCAGACAGUCACACUUACCUUCCACACACAGGAUACAGAGCACCAGGACCACGGGCUGGUUUCCACUCAAACAAACUGGAAACGAUGCUCAGCCAGCUGCACCUUGCAGGUUCCAGCAGGAAGAAAUCCCAGAGUCCUGACGCCUUCCAGAUCAGCUUCCCCAUGAGAACCAACUACAUGCACGGGCGGGUGAAGAGGACUCUGCUGCAGGAAAUCUUCGCUCUGACUUUGUGUCUCUGGAUCAAGGCGGGAAUGGGGCCUGGCCUGGGGACACCGUUUUCUUACUCAGCACCCGGACAGGCCAAUGAACUUGUGCUCAUCGAGUGGGGGAACAACCCUAUGGAGCUGCUGAUCGAUGACAAGGCUGUGACGCUCCCCCUGUCGCUGGGUGAUGGGAAGUGGCACCACGUCUGCGUGACUUGGUCGACACGGGACGGACAGUGGGAAGCCUACCAGGACGGAGUGCAGCGGGGGUCCGGGAUAAAUCUUUCCCCCUGGCACCCUAUCAAACCUGGAGGGGUCUUCAUCCUGGGACAGGAACAGGACACACUGGGAGGCCGUUUUGAUGCCACUCAGUCAUUUGUGGGUGAGAUGUCAGAGCUGCACAUGUGGUCACAUGUCCUGUCAGCUAGUGACAUCUACAGCCUGGCCUCUUGCGGCAGCCACCUCAGGGGAGAUGUCAUUGCUUGGUCCGAGACAGAGGUGGAGCUUCGUGGAGGCGUCUCGAAAUACCCCUUUGACCCCUGUCACUGA